AUGUCCUCCGAAAGCAGCAUCAAUGACACAACGACCAGCCAAGCUCUCCAGGCGUUCCAUAGCGAUGGCACAGGACUCCCCCCGCCCAGAAGCAACCCGGGCACAAACCAAAGCAUCGUCAAGGCCUUCAAAGACAUCAGCUUCCGGUACCCAGCCCGCCUCGACCAGUACGUGCUGGGGGGUCCGGACAAGGCUGGCGGCUUCUCCCUCCGUAUUCCUCCCGGCCAGACCGUUGCCUUCGUGGGGCCCUCCGGCUCGGGGAAAAGCACGACCGUGGCCCUCUCCCUCCGAUUCUACGACCCGGAGGAUGGACGGGUCACCCUGGACGGACAUGAUUUGAAGGCGUUGAACGUGAAGCACCUCAGGGAGCAUGUCUCCUACGUCGGUCAAGAGGGAUGA